CCGUCGCGCACGCAUAUCCUCCACGCCGCAUCCGCAUCCGCAUCCGCAGUAGCCAUGGCCCGGACAAAGCAAACGGCCCGCAAGUCCACCGGCGGAAAGGCGCCGCGCAAACAGCUCGCCACCAAGGCGGCGAGGAAGAGCGCGCCCGCCACCGGCGGCGUCAAGAAGCCCCAUCGCUACAGGCCGGGCACCGUCGCCCUGCGAGAAAUCAGGCGCUACCAGAAGAGCACAGAGCUGCUCAUCCGCAAGCUGCCAUUCCAGCGCCUAGUGCGCGAGAUCGCCCAGGACUUCAAGACCGACCUGCGCUUCCAGAGCUCCGCAGUCAUGGCCCUGCAGGAGGCCAGCGAGGCCUACCUCGUCGGCCUCUUCGAAGACACCAACCUGUGCGCAAUCCACGCCAAGCGAGUCACCAUCAUGCCCAAGGACAUCCAGCUCGCGCGCCGCAUCCGCGGCCGGACGCCGUCGCGCACGCAUAUCCUCCACGCCGCAUCCGCAUCCGCAGUAGCCAUGGCCCGGACAAAGCAAACGGCCCGCAAGUCCACCGGCGGAAAGGCGCCGCGCAAACAGCUCGCCACCAAGGCGGCGAGGAAGAGCGCGCCCGCCACCGGCGGCGUCAAGAAGCCCCACCGCUACAGGCCGGGCACCGUCGCCCUGCGAGAAAUCAGGCGCUACCAGAAGAGCACAGAGCUGCUCAUCCGCAAGCUGCCAUUCCAGCGCCUAGUGCGCGAGAUCGCCCAGGACUUCAAGACCGACCUGCGCUUCCAGAGCUCCGCAGUCAUGGCCCUGCAGGAGGCCAGCGAGGCCUACCUCGUCGGCCUCUUCGAAGACACCAACCUGUGCGCAAUCCACGCCAAGCGAGUCACCAUCAUGCCCAAGGACAUCCAGCUCGCGCGCCGCAUCCGCGGCGAGCGCGCCUAAACCCGCACACCGCCAAACAAACAAAACGGCCCUUUUCAGGGCCACUAACG